AUGACUGAGAAUAGGAGCCUUAGUGCGCCAGCUGCAGACUCCUCCGCUGUUUGCCCCAAAGUCAGGUUUCCGCCAAUUCAGGAGACCUUAACUUACUUGCUCAAAACUGUUACAGAAACAAACAGACAAGAUCUCAAGCAUAUUCCAUACCAGGAAUCGAUUUUGGCCGUGGGAGGAAUAGAUGAUAGCAUAAAGCUUUUGACAAGAGCUAUCCACCCCGCAGUAAAACAUUUCGAGAACAAGGAGGUGACCACAAAGAUGCUGCAUGAAGUCCGCGAGAAGCAAGCAGCAACCGAAGUAUGGGAGAAGGACAACGGAUACCUAAGCUUUGUUACUGAUGAUCGCAACGCAGCCUAUUGGCGUGGAUAUGUUGGACAAUCAGAAAACCCCAGAAAUCGGAUCAUGCAGCAUCUCAGGGCUAUUAUCAACAGUGAACAGAGUACGCUGCAUUAUUAUAUUGUGGCUAAAGGAGCUGGGCACCGUGCGAUCAACUUCAUGAAACUCUGGACUCUUGUCUGGCCAGAUCAUGUUAACAAACAUAUCCCUAUGGUAUUUGCUAAUAUCCUAGAGAUGUUCAUGGCUAGAUGCUUCCAGACCCUUGCACCAGGUAUUCUUGAAGAAUACUUUGGGAAGGGGGAAUACUCUGGCACUGGCCUGAAUGUUGUUCCGCCACUUCUUCAGGGAGUCUCACUUAGCCCAGGUGCCAGAUACACCUACUCACUCCAACUAGAAGACUCGCCAGACAGGGAGAUUAGAUGGCCACAGUAUCGAUUGAAGCGACGGUUAGAAGACCAGGCCUUAUCUCAAGAGCGGACUGGUAACUCUCUCAAGCGCCAUGAAUACCUCGAAAUCUUGACAUCAGCUGCAAGGGCACAACUUGGGAUCUCUGAUUUACAGCCUAUGGAUACUACAGCUUCGCUCAUGAAACCAUUCGACAUGGAGUCCUGCUUGCGUACAGUUAAAGAUGCUGUUAGAGAGCCCCAAAAGGUUGUUAAGCCUAGAGGUACUCUCAAGGCCCGGGUUGGGAUAAUUCUGGACCAGCAUAGCUAUCUUAGGGAGAGCCAACCACUGUCAUAUGGGGCAACAGGCGAAUGUGCAGUCUCUUGGGGUAUCACGGAGAGUGGAUUCUGCGAAGAGAAUUCUCUUAUUUGGCCUUUCACAUUCACCCAGGAAAUCAUCCAGCUAUCAACAUCUCUUUCCUUCAAGCAGAUGAGGCCAGAUGAAGCUGAUGCCAUAAGCAAAGCCAACAAGGAUCUCAUUCAAGCAAGCAACCUCCGGAUCAUCAUUUUUAGUGAUGCUGAAGUUACACGACUCCUAGGCCUAGGUCGUCAGAUUUCCCUCAAUUUCAGGGGAACCAAUGUCCAAGCCUACGUUGAGAUCGAUGAAGCUUGCAUAAAGCGGGUCUUUAUCCACGCACCAAGGCCACUGUCCAUUUUAUGGGCAAACGCUGGAAGGCAGGUGGUUCAAUGGUGUGAAAUCUUCAGAUUCAGCGCAGUUGUGGCGGAAUUCAAGAGCACUAUACAUACCACAUUUUACGAGCGAACACUGCCGAUGGCAACUGCAGACUCUAUUGAUGCUGGUAUUCGUGCCUGGUUGUAUCGCAAGGGCUUUCGGACCAGCGCUGCCCUCGAGCGUCUUAAGGCUGUUGGAGGAUCGUUUCCAAAGUCUAUCUUUCUACUUUGGACAAGUCUGCCGGAAAGACCCAAGGAUAUCGCCAUGCCAACUACCAAGAUACUGAUAAAGAAAAAGACAAGAAAUCGUUCACGUGUCUUUCCCCCAGAGAAGCUACAAGAGAUGAGGGACCUCUAUGAUGAGAUGCAGCAAGAAUGGCCCAAGGAUGCUCAAACCAUUUCUGCAGAUCCCAGUGGCUCAAUUGAAUAUGAUACAUGUUCCAAGAGCAACAAGUCAUUGGAGAGCAGCAGAGUUUCUGGAAGUUCUGAGUCCCUGGAACACCACGAAAAUUCGGAGAGCGAUGAUGAGUCAGAUACAAGUAGCACACUGGACAUUGAAGCAAUCAGCCAGGCAAUGGUCGCAGGAGAAAGAGAUGACCUGGAAGAAACCGGACUGACCCUAUGUUCCUCCAGGAGUGGGAAGGCUCAGAUCAAAGUCUCCGAAGUGUCUGAGUGUGUUGGUGCUACUACCAGAAAGCAGAUCAUUGCAGCUCAGCAUGAUCCUGCUUAUGGAGAACUGACAUCAAUUGAGAUACAGACACAAAUCAGCCUGCUGAAUGGGCGCCGUUUUAAAGGGCAGCAUUGGUGGUCCAGCCAUGGGGCCAAAGAAAAGCGGCAGAUAUAUGGCCUUUGUUUACUCGUUCAUUCUGUUAUUUGGCUCAGACUUCGGGGCUUCUACCUCAGCCAUAACAAGGAUGGAGUCAUAGUCCAAGCUGAGCUCGCACGACUUGGAGAAAGACAUCCCAAUGCGUAUGUUGUAUCUGAAAGAGCGGAUGACCCAGCAUCCUGUUUGGCUUUUCGGGUAACUCUGAAGGAUGAAAAUGGGGAUCAAAAGGUUGUCUAUCCGACAUCACCGCCUACUCUCGAAGCCAUAUUCAAAGUGAACAGCUUGGUUGACUGGCUACAUGGUGCUACAUUUAGUACGUUGAAAACCCGAGGCAGACGACAUAUCUUCAUCAACCCAACCAACGUCAACGUUGCCGAAGACCUAAAGUUCUUCCAGGGCGGUGCCUAUAUCCUGGAAGACGGUUCACGGUGCAAGAAAAGACCAUCUACUGCAGGAAAGCGCCCAAGAGCUGACAGUGAUGAGUCUGAGUCUGAGCCUGAGCCUGAGCCCGAGCAGGCCCGUGGCAAGAAAGCUGCAAUAUAG